GACGCCGUUCAGAUUUCAGCAAAUCCAAGCACGCGUGACCGUCGUUCAGCGAGCGACACUGACACCUAUUCUACGUCGACUUGUUUUCUUGGACAAGGUCCGGCGAAGUGAAAAGGAGAGAGAAGGAGGCGGAUGGGGACGCUCUAUGCAUGGCUGCUGAAUUGCUUUCUCCUUAUAUCUGUAAUGGGCCUCGUUGCAUUCCAGCUUAUCAUGCUGAUGGAUCUGGAGUUUGAUUAUAUGAACCCUUACGAUACAGCGUCACGGAUGAACUUGGUUACUUUGCCCGAGUAUUUUGCUCAUGGACUUCUAUGUAUCGCCUUUUUAUUCACUGGACACUGGUUUUUCUUUCUCUUGUCCCUUCCCUACCUGUAUAACAAUAUCAGAAUGUACUUGCAAAGACGGCACUUAGUUGAUGUUACUGAGAUCUAUAACCAGCUUAGUACGGAAAAGCAACAGAGGCUUUUUAAGCUUGGCUAUCUUGUAAUCCUUUUGGUCCUUUGUAUAUUCUGGUUUCUUUGGACAAUUGAAGGAUUUGAGUAAUCAGGCGUUGAGUGCUCAUGCCAAGUUUCCUGUUGUGACCUGUUUUUUGUUUGGUGGGGAUGGGGAACUACACAGACUAUUUGGGAUUUACUGUCACGUAUAAGAGGAGAAAUAAGAAGAAUUAGUUGAUUAGUAAAUUGGAGGGAAAAUACCAGUUGACAGUUAUUGUUGUUGUAAUUGGAGGGAAAUAGUUCAGAGGCAGUUAUCCUGUUACAGCUGAUAUAAAGACACUGUAAACAGAUUGUAAAGGCAUUCAAAAGAGAUCAAUCAAGAAGGAAUACUCUCUCUCUA